UCCUUUCGCUUCCCCUGCCUCUUCUCGGCGUACUUUAAAAAGGGGGCGGGGAGAAUGGAACGGGGAAGCGCGCGCGCCUCUCUCUCGUGACAGCCCAGCCCGGCUCGCCUCUCCCCCUCCGCGCUACAGCUCCGGUGCAAGGAUGGCGCGCGCCGCCGCUGCUGCUGCUUCUGCUUCUGCUUCUGCCUGGACUCUCCGUUUCCUGCUUUUGUCGUCGGCCCUCGUUUUGGCCGCCGCCGCCGCCCGGGCGCGGAAGCCCAAUGUGGUACUGAUCCUGACCGACGACCAGGACACCUAUCUGGGCGGAAUGACACCGCUGAAAAAGACCAAUGCUCUUAUUGCAGAGAAGGGGAUAACCUUCUCAAAUGCAUAUGUGCCCAGUGCAUUGUGCUGCCCCAGUAGAGCAAGCAUCUUGACAGGAAAAUAUCCACACAACCACCACGUUGUCAAUAACACACUGGAGGGAAACUGCAGUAGCAAAUCCUGGCAGAAGAUUCAGGAACCAUUUACCUUUCCUGCCAUCCUCAAGUCCAUGUGUGGCUACCAGACGUUCUUUGCUGGGAAAUACUUGAACGAGUAUGGAGCAGAAGAUGCAGGAGGAAUCGGUCAUGUUCCUCCUGGAUGGAGUUUUUGGUAUGCAUUGGAAAAAAAUUCCAAAUAUUAUAAUUACACACUUUCAGUAAAUGGAAAAGCACGGAGACAUGGUGAGAACUACAGCGUUGAUUACCUGACGGAUGUACUGGCCAACAUGUCCUUGGAUUUUCUGGAAUAUAAAUCCAACUAUGAGCCAUUCUUCAUGAUGAUAGCAACUCCUGCACCCCACUCACCUUGGAUAGCUGCUCCUCAGUACAAGAAAAGCUUUCAGAAUGUCAGUGCUCCAAGAAACAGUAAUUUCAAUAUCCAUGGAAAGGACAAACAUUGGCUCAUCAGGCAAGCAAAGACGCCAAUGACUAAUUCAUCAAUACAAUUUCUAGAUGAUGCUUUUAGGAAAAGAUGGCAGACACUUCUGUCAGUGGAUGAUCUGAUUGAAAAACUGGUGAAGAGGCUGGAAUCUCAUGAAGAGUUGGAUAAUACAUACAUUUUUUACACUUCAGACAAUGGCUUUCAUACAGGUCAGUUUUCAUUGCCUAUCGACAAACGACAGCUCUACGAGUUUGACAUUAAAGUUCCACUGUUGGUGCGAGGACCAGGAAUCAAACCCAACCAAACGAACAAGAUGCUUGUGGCAAACGUUGAUUUGGGUCCUACUAUUUUAGAUAUUGCAGGCUAUGAUCUAAAUAAAACACAGAUGGACGGGAUGUCACUACUACCAUUACUGAGAGGAGAUGCAAAUGUGACCUGGAGAUCAGAUGUUUUGGUUGAGUACCAAGGAGAAGGGCACAACAGUACUGAUCCUACCUGCCCGGCCCUUGGACCCGGUGUCACCCAUUGUUUUCCAGACUGUGUCUGUGAAGAUGCAUACAACAAUACAUAUGCAUGUGUAAGAACACUCUCUUCUUCAUGGGAUCUGCAGUACUGCGAAUUCGAUGAUCGUGAGGUAUUUGUUGAAGUUUACAACUUGACUGCAGACCCGCACCAGAUUACCAACAUCGCAAAAACAAUAGAUCAAGAAAUUUUAGAAAAGAUGAACUAUCGGCUAAUGAUGUUGCAGUCCUGUUCUGGAGCAACUUGCCGCACACCAGGGGUAUUCGAUCCGGGAUACAAGUUCAACCCACACCUGAUGUUCAGCAAUCAUGGGACUCCGGCUCGCAGACUUUUUACACGGUCACUGUAGCUGCAGUGGCUAGCCUGUUUUGUUAACAUUUCUUCAAAGUGACUGCAGAAUAUGUGCCGAAUCCACUAUGACUACAUCUGAAAGGCAUGAUUGGCGGACUCUUGUUUGGAGAAAGUAACCUACCCAGCUGGUUGUUUUGUGCAAUACAUUCUAACAUGACAUGAUCGGUCCAGUUCCCUCAAAAUCUGAUUACCACAUCAAUCUGAAAAUGGCAUCCUGAAGUACAAUGUUGACUUGUGGUCAGGAAUCUCAAUUUGUUUGGUGGUGUGUGAAAGACCUCAGGUGGAAACUGUUAACUACUUACCUUUGAGAGCUGGUCCUGAUGGAAGUUUUUUUUCGGGGGGGGGGGGGAGCAGGGUCAUCCUGGCCAGCCCUGUAGGCAGAGGCUAUAGAUCGCCUCCCUACAGCACUACCUGCUAAAACUUUUAAGAUGAUGAAUCAUAUUUCUGGGUUGUGUUUAGAAGUCUAGUAUAAUCAAGUUAACCAGGGAGGUUGCCAUUGUUUUUCUUCUCAGCCUUUCAGGACUCAUCUGGAAUUGCUGAUUAGAACAUAUGUGCCUGUUAGAUUGUCUCAUUAUGUAUUAAUCAACUCUGUUAUCAGAUCAGAACCAAGUACUGUAAACCACUAAAUGGAGACUCCCCCCCCAAAAAAAAGAUAAAUGGCACAUUCCGCGCAUUUUUGCACAGGAGCCACUAAUUUAAGAGUGAUAUUUUAAUUGGAAAAUGUGCAUUUUCAAAAGUACAGUAGAAUCUGACGUCCCAAUGUAGCAAUAUAUACAGAGGAGAGUAUUUCCAGUGCCUCAUCUGAGAAAGUUUCUUUAGGAUAUAAUGAUUACUGCAUUAGCCCUUUAUGCCAGAAAACUGCAAGUCGUAUUUAUUUGAUGCCCAGACUUGACGCUUCUUAUUCUUGAUUGCCCUAUGCCUGUGAAAUAUAUUGUUAGCACUUGUUGAA